GGGGGACACAGAGGGGGAGGCGGUAAACCGGGGACGAGCGGAGCGGAGACGGCUGGUGGUCGUCUAGUGCGGGAGGAGUAGAGCUGGCGCCGCGGCGACCGCAGUAGCAGUGAUAGUAGCAGCAGCAGCGGCAGAGCGGCAGCAGAAGCGGCACCAUGGCGCAAGCCGCCAAGCAGCUCCGUAAGAACAAGGACAUAGCCGAGGCGGCGGCGGCGGAGCUGCGAGAGAAGGAGGAGGAGAAAACCAAGAAGAGGAAUAAAUCCCGAGACCGCAGGCGCAAGGCAGAUGCAGCAACCAGCUUUCUCCGCGCCGCUCGUUCUGGGAACCUGGACAAGGCACUGGACCACAUCAAGAACCGGAUCGACAUCAACAUAUCCAAUCAAAAUGGACUCAACGGGUUACAUCUGGCCUCUAAAGAAGGUCACGUCAAAAUGGUGUUGGAGUUACUACACAAUGGCAUUGUGUUGGAGACCACCACUAAGAAAGGGAAUACGGCCCUCCACAUAGCAGCCCUGGCGGGACAGGAGAGGGUGGUGGCGGAGUUGGUGAACUACGGGGCCAACGUCAACUCCCAGUCGCAGAAAGGCUUCAGCCCUCUUUAUAUGGCCGCCCAAGAGAAUCACUUAGAGGUCGUCAAGUUCCUGCUCGAGAAUGGCGCCAAUCAGAGCCUCCCCACAGAGGAUGGCUUCACCCCCCUGGCGGUGGCGCUGCAGCAGGGCCAUGAGAACGUGGUGGCCCUGCUCAUCAACUACGGCACCAAGGGCAAGGUGCGGCUGCCCGCGCUGCACAUCGCCGCGCGCAACGACGACACGCGCACCGCCGCCGUGCUGCUGCAGAACGACCCCAACCCCGACGUGCUCAGCAAGACUGGGUUCACGCCUCUCCACAUCGCUGCCCACUACGAGAACCUGAGUGUUGCCCAGCUACUGCUGAACAGAGGAGCCAACGUCAACUUCAUCCCCAAGAACGGCAUCACCCCGCUGCACAUCGCCUCCAGGAGGGGCAACGUCAUCAUGGUGCGACUGCUGCUGGACAGGGGGGCCCAGAUAGACGCCAAGACCAAGGAUGAGCUCACUCCUCUGCACUGUGCGGCCAGGAACGGUCACGUGCGCAUCAUCGAGAUCCUUCUGGACCAGGGUGCCCCCAUCCAGGCCAAAACCAAGAACGGCCUGUCCCCCAUCCACAUGGCGGCCCAGGGCGAUCACAUGGACUGCGUGAGGCAGCUGCUGCAGUACAACGCUGAGAUCGAUGACAUCACCCUGGACCACCUGACGCCACUGCAUGUGGCCGCCCACUGCGGUCACCACCGCAUGGGCAAAGUGCUGCUGGACAAGGGGGCCAAGGCCAACGCCCGCGCACUGAAUGGCUUCACUCCCCUCCACAUCGCCUGCAAGAAGAACCACAUGCGCUCCAUGGACCUGCUGCUCAAACACUCUGCCUCUCUGGAGGCUGUCACUGAGUCUGGUCUCACUCCUCUCCAUGUGGCUGCCUUCAUGGGCCACCUGAGCAUUGUGAAGAACCUGCUGCUGAGGGGAGCCUCCCCCAAUGCCUCCAACGUGAAAGUGGAGACUCCUCUCCACAUGGCGUCCAGAGCUGGCCACUGUGAAGUGGCCGCGUUCCUGCUCCAGAACACUGCCCAGGUGGACGCCAAGGCCAAGGACGACCAGACCCCCCUGCACUGUGCGGCCCGCAUGGGCCACAAAGAACUGGUGAAGCUGCUGCUGGAGAACAAGGCCAACCCGGACUCCACCACAACCGCCGGCCACACCCCCUUGCACAUCGCCGCCCGCGAGGGACACGCCCACACCAUCCGCAUCCUGCUGGAUGGCUCCGCCGAGCAAACCAAGAUGACCAAGAAGGGCUUCACCCCCCUCCAUGUGGCGUCCAAAUAUGGAAAGGUGGAUGUAGCAGAGCUCCUGCUGGAGCGAGGUGCCAAUCCCAACGCAGCUGGAAAGAACGGCCUGGCCCCCCUACAUGUGGCCGUCCAUCAUAACAACCUGGAUGUUGUUAAACUGCUGGUCAGCAAGGGAGGAUCAGCACACAGCACCGCACGGAACGGCUACACGCCCCUGCACAUCGCGGCCAAGCAGAACCAGGUGGAGGUGGCCAGCUGCCUGCUGCAGAGCGGGGCGUCGGCCAACGCCGAGUCGCUGCAGGGGGUCACGCCGCUGCACCUGGCCGCCCAGGAGGGCCGGCCGGACAUGGCCGCGCUGCUCAUCUCCAAGCAGGCCAACGUCAACCUGGGGAACAAGAACGGUCUCACUCCUCUUCACCUGGUGGCCCAGGAGGGUCAUGUGGGCAUCGCCGACACGCUGGUGAAGCAGGGCGCCUCCGUCUACGCCGCCUCAAGGAUGGGCUACACUCCCCUCCAUGUUGCCUGUCAUUAUGGCAACAUCAAGAUGGUGAAGUUUCUGCUGCUGCAGCAGGCACAUGUCAAUAGCAAGACACGGGUGGGCUACACCCCCCUGCACCAGGCCGCCCAGCAGGGUCACACAGACAUCGUCAGCUUGCUCCUGAAACACGGGGCCCCCCCCAACGAGAUCACCACGAACGGGACGUCCCCCCUGGGCAUCGCCAAGCGCCUGGGAUACAUCUCUGUUAUCGACGUGCUCAAAUUGGUCACCGAGGAGUCUGUUUCUGCGAUAACGACUGAGAAGCAUCGAAUGAGUUUCCCUGAGACUGUGGAUGAGAUUUUGGAUGUUUCAGAGGACGAAGGGGUUGCCCAGCUUACCUUAGGCGAUGAGCUGCUGGGCAUGGAUGGGGGUCGCUACCUGAAGCUGGACGACUUCAAGGACCAGGACGACGACUUCCUUUCCCCCAAGAGGACCAUGCGGGACUUCGAGAGCGGCAUGGGAACCACGCCCUACUCCCCAGCCAUUCCCCGGAUCCCGUGUGUGUCUCCAGAGACGGUGCUGUUAGACCAGCACACGCCCAUCCCCCUCCCCAAGGAGUACGACGACGACUCCCUGAUCCCCAGCAGCCCCGCCACGGAGACCUCCGACAACGUCAGCCCGGUGGCCAGCCCCAUCCACACUGGCUUCCUUGUGAGCUUCAUGGUGGACGCGCGCGGCGGCUCCAUGCGCGGCAGCCGCCACCACGGCCUGCGCGUCAUCAUCCCGCCGCGCACCUGCGCCGCGCCCACGCGCAUCACCUGCCGCCUGGUGAAGCCCCAGAAGCUGAGCACGCCCCCCCCCCUGGUGGAGGGCGAGGGGCUGGCCAGCCGCAUCAUCUCCCUGGGGCCCUCCAGCAUGCAGUUCCUGGGGCCGGUCAUCGUGGAGAUCCCCCACUUCGCGGCGCUGGGCCGCGGCGACCGCGAGCUGGUGGUGCUGCGCAGCGAGAACGGCUCCGUCUGGAAAGAGCACCGCAACCGCUACGGCGACGAGGUGCUGGAAACCAUCCUGAACGGCAUGGAUGAAGAUCUGGAGAGCUUGGACGAGCUGGAGAAGAAGAGGAUCCGUCGCAUCAUCUCAACCGACUUCCCGCUCUACUUUGCGGUGGUGUCCCGUGUCCAGCAGGAGAGCGACCUGAUUGGCCCGGAGGGCGGCCGGCUCACCAGUAAGCUGGUCCCCCACGUGGAGGCCAUCUUCCCCGAGACGGCCGUCACCAAGAGGGUCCGCCUGGGCCUGCAGGCCCAGCCGAUCCCCGACGAGAUGCUGACACGGCAGCUGGGCAACCAGGCCACCUUCAGCCCCGUGGUCACCGUGGAGCCGCGCCGCCGCAAGUUCCACCGGCCCAUCGGGCUGCGCAUCCCGCUGCCGCCCUCCUGGAAGGACCUCCGGGGGGACGCCGGCGAGGGGGACACGGCCAGCCUGCGGCUCCUCUGCAGCGUCAUCGGGGGGACAGCGCCGGCUCAGUGGGAAGACAUCACAGGGACCACCAAGCUGAUGUACGCCCACAACUGCGCCAACUUCACCACCAAUGUUUCAGCGAGGUUCUGGCUGGCCGACUGCCCGCGCACGGCCGAGGCGGUGACCUUCGCCAACCUGCUGUACCGCGAGCUGAUGUCGGUGCCCUACAUGGCCAAGUUCGUGGUGUUCGCCAAGAUGAACGAGGCGCGCGAGGGGCGCCUGCGCUGCUACUGCAUGACCGACGACAAGAUGGACAAGACCCUGGAGCUGCACGAGAACUUCAGCGAGGUCGCACGCAGCCGCGACAUAGAGGUGAUGGAGGGAAUGCCUCUGCACCUGGAGUGCUCCGGGAACCUGGUCCCGGUGAGGAAGGCCACCCAGCAGCCGCGUAGCUUCAGCUUCCAGGCCUUCAGAGACAACCGGCUCCCUGUCCCAGUCAAGGUCAGAGACAUGAACAAGGAUGCCACAGGGUUUCUGUCAUUCCUGCGGAAGUCUACCAAGUACGAGGAAACACAACACGUGUUGUGUAACCUCAACAUCACCAUGCCUCCCUGUGUCAAGGCCGCCGGGAGUGAGGAGCGCAGGCGAACUCUGACCCCGCUCGCCCUGAGGGAGCGCUACAGUGCCCUGAACGAACCUGCCGUGGCCUCAGUCAACGUCAUAGAGAGGACAGAGCUCAAGAUCAACCUUAUAUCAGAGCAGCUGGGCUUGAGUUGGGCAGAGCUGGCCCGGGAGCUGCUGUUCAGCGUGGACGAGAUCAACCGGAUCCGCGUGGACCAUCCCAACUCUCUGCAGGACCAGAGCUCGGCCCUGCUCAGCCUGUGGGUCAACCGGGAGGGCAAGAGAGCCAAGAUGGAGAGUCUGUACGGAGCUCUGAGGAUCAUCGAGAGGGGGGAUAUCGUCAGCUCCCUGGAGAGCCAGGCCCAAACGCUGGCCCCCAGGGCCCCGGAGCACGGGGCCGGUCGGCUGGUGGAACACGACUCCUCCCUGCUCUCACCCAGUGUUAAUGGCUACGGGCUGCUGCAAGAGGAGCUGCUCCUCUCCCCGGCCUCCAUGCAGUACAGCCUGCCCUCGCCGCUGGGCUCGGAGCCCUACUGGAGGGAGGUGUCGGGCCUGGAGUGCGCCCCCAUCGCCACCACCGAGGAGGACACGCUGCUGGAGAUGUCGGACGUGCAGGUGUGGCCGGCGGGGGUCAGCCCCUCGCUGGUGACGGUGGAGGACUCGUCCCUGGACGGCAGCCGGGCCGACGACUCGGAGGGCGCCACGCUCUCCCUCCCCUACAGCCUGGGCCGGCCCAGCAGCGGGCUGAGCGGCGCCAGCGGCUCCAUCAUGGAGCUAGAGGAGGAGGAGGAGGAGGAGGAGGAGGAAGGGGAGGUGGAGGAGGAGGAGGAGGAGGAGGUGGAGGCGGCGGCGUCGCUGGGGCCCGCCGCUGUGCUGGCGGAGCGGGACAGGGUGAGGGCCAGCGGGGCCGUGCCCAAGGUCAACCUCAACGGCCAGCUGGGAGGUCAGAGGUCGGCGGGAGAAGGAGGAGGAGGAGGAAGAGGAGCGAGAGACGGAGGAGGAGGAGGUGUAGGGCUGGGUUCAGUGGAAGGCUUCUCUGUUGUUACAGGCCAGCAGGUGUACGCCCAGCUGUGUCAGAUCUCCGGGCUGAGCGGGGCGUCGGACCACAACGGUGACAGAGUGGUGGGCGGCGGGGCCUUCCAGCCCUACCUCCCCGACCGGGACUCUGGCGGGGUGGGGGUGCCCGGGUGGGCGGCCUCCAGGGUCCGGAUGCCGUCGGUGUCGCUUGGCUUCCGCGGCGUCGAGGGCGGGCCGGGCCUGCGCGUGGCCCAGGAGGCCCUCCAGACCGUGAGGGACGAGAAACAGGACAGCCCCGAUGAGCAGUUUGUUGAUGAACACGGGAAGGUACACGCUAGAAAGGUGGGGCUGGGGGUGAGAAAGGGCGCCAGUCUCCGGAGAGUUAAACAGUGAAAACACACACUCUCCCACCCCUUAAGGAACAGACAUCUACUGCCAAGCCAUCCUCCACAAAAACUCAACCCGAACACAGAGGGAAAAAAGGAAGAAAAUGAGGGCAACCAAACAAUUUGAAAAGAGAAAGUAGAAGGGGCAAAGACUCAAGAAGUGCAAACUACAAUAUUGCAAUCACAAACCCCAUCCUCCAAAUGACCAUGGAACUCCACAAAAGAAAAAACAAAAGAGGAAUCCAACUUGUAGUUUUGUAAAAUUUUUAAAGAAAAAAAAAGAUAUAUAUAUACUAGACUAGGGCAUGACGACUUUUCUACAAAAAUCAAUAUAUGUCAGAAAAAAAACUCAUGAGAAAAAAAAAAAAGCAACAAAAAGUGCUUCCUGUCAACUGUAAUCGCAUGAUGACUGCUGGUGCAUGCCCUUUGACCUUUGAACUGUCAUGACCUACGACCGGAGGGGGGUGGAAGACGUGGCCCAGGAUCUGAUGGACCUUUUUUCUUCCCUUGUGUGGUGUGGUUCGUGACAGCGAGUCCAGUCUGAAAACACUGCAGCCCAAAAAAAAAAUCAAGUCUUUCCCCCUCCCCUGUCGGUGGAUUGUUCUAUAUACAGCUGAGCCUACGCCAAGCCUACCCAUGCUUCCUCCAUCACCGCCCUUCCAACCCUUCACUCCUCAAUGUGAUAUAUGCACUCUAUGCUACCGUGGACGUGUGUGUCAGUAUGUGUGUGUGUAUGUACGCGUGUGUCGUUCUCUUAAGCAUGUGUAUCUCGCUUUUCAGCUGGGCGCUGACUGAGCCAUGCCCUCCCCAAACACAACCCCCCCCCCCCCCCCCGCUCCCCCUGACCCGGAACCAUCUCCCUCAUGAUUGGUCUACACCCGGUGUGAUGUCACGGGAUGCUAAGCGCUGGAAUGAUAAAAAGCCGCUAUGCUGCCCUCUGCUGGUUAGUGUUGCUGUGUGUGUGUGUGCGUGUGUGUGCUGGUGUCUUCUCUGUGUGAGCGAGCUCGCUUCCUGUAGCGUUUCCUUUCGUCCUUGGUUUGUGUUCGGGGACCUGUCCACGUUGGGUCGGAGGCUGGGUUCGACCUGCGAGUGGGGGGGAUCUGAGUGUGUCCUCGUCCCUCGAUCCACCCCCUCCUCCUCCUCGAGCGAUGGGGACACGGUCUUCAGACCCUGGAACAUUCUCCUGAGCUCAAGGAACGAGCCGCAUACGGCAUUGUACAGACUCCUGGGGACUCUUUGACCCAACCCUCCGAACUAUUUAUCUUUUCGUUUUCAUUUGAUUUCAUUUUUUUUGCCUCCUAAGAAGGCAGGGGGGGGGGGGGGAGUGGGGUUGUGACCUAUUGACCUGAUGACCUCAUCCCAAGCUCCCCCCUUCUCGUCCUACCGUGUAGCGCAACACAUGCUCUGAUGAGAUCGACAUGCUUCUCCUCUCCGUAGCCGCGGUCAAGAUGCAGCGGAAUCACAAGACCUCUCCGUGCGACAUUCAAACGGCACCCCCCAACAUCCCCCCCGAAACAAGCCAGACCGGGGAAACACCCCCCCCCUGUCACUUGAUUGGCUGUAGCGCCCCCUCCCCCCCACACCCCCAUGCUGCGUUUGCUUCAUUUUGGUUUGUCCCUUUGGAAUCAAAAUGAGAAAAAUAAGAGAACGGGGGGAGGGGGGAAGCCUUGUGGGGGAUCCAGGGAUGCUGGGACAGUUUUCAAAGGAACCGUGUGUAUAUUAUCAAACAGUGAGACACAGAAUGGGUUGUGUUUGUACAAAGAGGUGGAACUCGCUUAAAGACGCAGAUAGCACUGUGAUUGUCUGAUCCACACCGACCCCAGACUCGUGAACUAUAAACCAACAACACACACGUAACAAACAAACAAACAUGCAUGCAUGCGAGCAACACAUACACCGUCAUGCCAGUACAUGAGUAUAUACAUUGACACGUUCAGUCCAAUAUGAAUACCGGAUUUUUUUGUGUCUGCCACAGCAAUAAUACCUGACGGGGACCACAGACAGGAGGACACCGCAGGGGGUUCACUGCUUGUGUUUAACGGGUUAAAGAAACAACGUGCGCAUAAAGCACAAGCUCGGAAGUGUGUGACAACGUAACAACGUCUUCAAUGUAAAAGACUUUAACCUGCACCAUUGUAACUUUUUUUUUUACCGCUGCCAUCGCUUGUGUUCUCAAUUUGAUUUAUAAUGUGUGUAAAGCCUUCCGAAGCCCAUUUCAAGGGACCUCAAGGACAUUGUACGUCAGGGUAAGAACUGGGGGCAGGGACAGACUGGCAGAGCACACAACUCAAAGAUAGGGUUUGUUUACCUCUGAAUAGGUGGGUUUUGAGCAGCUGGGUGGAGCUGCAGGUGGAGUCAGCGUGGCAGAUAGGGUCAGCCAUUUUGUUCAGGAACUUGUUUAUAGCUGUACUACUAGACCCACCCACCUGGUGGUGGUAAAGCUAGGAUACCAGAAUCCCAGGAGUGCAGGCUGCAGAUUUAGGAGUCUUCUGCAGACUAGCUUGAGGAACAUAGAAUCCCUAUGAUGGUCUUUUGCUCUGUAACAUGUGCAAUGACAAUAAAGUUAUUCCAUUCUAUUUAGACGCACGCUGAGAACAAAAGCGAUGGCUGCAAUAAAAGAGUUAAGUUGGUAGUCGCUUACGGUAUACAUUUCUUUAACCUGGACUGGAAAGCAUUUGAAUCAUGGCAUUUGACAGCGGUGCUUUUUCCCUAUGGUUCUAGCUGUCACUCAUCUAGGUGGACACUCCCACCUGUGAUGUCCCAAGUGGACGUUAUUAUUAAGUUUUUGCCGCCACACACCUGGUGGUAAAAUUGGUUUCCUUCUAAUGUGAAUGGAUUGAUGCCCACUAAAGCAAAGUGCCAUGGUGGGGUCGACGGCAGAUCGAAAGACCACAUUGUAGCAGUGCAUUGUGCAUGGUCGUACCAUGUGGAGGUCUGUUGUUUAGCACUAAAAGUAGCAAAAUAUAAGCCAGGAUCUAUCCACUUCAUACACUGAAGCCGUCAGUACGGUUUGAUGCAUCAUAUUUCUAUGCGUUUUCUUUUUCUUCGAAUUUGACACCCGGGCGUUUCUCACUUGUUAAAUGUGUAAUUCUAUCAUUUUGAUAUAGACAGUUGUGGCUGUAAAUGGCCAGCGUUUUCUCAGAAUAUAUACAACCUCAUACACACACACGCACACAUUUUCAUUUAAGUUGUCAUACCAUGCAUGUAGCAAUCAUUCCCCCCCCCCCCCCCCCAGACCUGCAGACAAACGUGUAUCCCUCCAGUACCAUAUAAUAUGUAAUUGUGGUUCAAAACGUAACGAGACAAUGAAUGAGUGACACGAUGUAUGAAUGCAUAGUGACACAUACGCACGAUCACAGAGCCGCUAAACGUCCGCCCGCACUCCGCCUGUGCAACCCAGCUGUGGGCGUGUCUCACCUUCAGCGUCCGCUCUUCCAACACUCAGGUUUAUGUUCCCACUCUCGCGCUCGUCCGGAUCCAAGCUUUUGCCCCCAUAUCUUUUCUUUGUUAGAAGAGUGUUGGGUUUAUAAAAUAAUGUUUAUGGUUGUUGUUGUUGUUUCGUUUGUUUUUGUCAAGAGUCGGGCUCCUCAUGAGGUGCAGGGUCUUUAACGUGUGUGUGUGUGUGUGUGUGUGUGUGUGUGUGUGUGUUUGUUUCAGAAAAAUACUGUAGUGGUGUUGGGUUCCGUCAGGGUCAAGAUGGAGGAGACACGUGGGAAUGUAUAGCAGACACACGACGGCAUGUAUGUACUCAUGGGCACGUGGGUCCCCCCCCCCCGUGUGUGUGCGUGUGCGUGUCUGGGUGUGUACUUGAGUUUGUGUAAGUGGUCAGAAUGUUGGAGAUUCCUAUUAGAUUUUGGUGUCAGGUGACAGCCGUACUCUGAACUUGGGCCUCGGUUCAUCCUGUUGCUUUAGUUGCCCUGGCGACGAUUUGAUUGGUUCACUUGUUGUUGAUGAGGUUAAAUAGUUAAAUCUGGUUUAUAUAUAUUGAUGUGGACUUGCACUAUUAUUUAUAUAAAUGUGGCUUGUGGAUAUAAAAUAAUACCAAGGAAAUAUCAGCUGUUUUCCAUUUACCAGAUAUAUAUGAUAUUCUUAUUGUCAUCAUCGUUCUCGAUAUGAACCACCAGAGGAGAGCAAAGACUCCCCUUUCUAACUAUUAUGACUCAUAAUGAGAUAAUUUACUAAAUUCACCCUUUUGGAUGAUGUCUGACACCCGGCUGACGUUGUUAGCUUUCAAUCCCGUUAUUAAACAUUGCACUAUUUAAGUUGAAUAAAGGGUGAUUUUAUCUUUUAAGUUUGAUUGAAUAGUUAUGCUGACCCCUUUUUAGGCUUAUAAACUAUAUAUGUCCUUGUGAUGACAGGAGGGUUUUCCUAUUGAGGUCUUAAUUUGAUGUGGAUUUUUAGGCAUAAAACCCAUUAUCAAUCAAAUUGCUAAAAACAAAAAGACUCCGCUCGUGUGUGUGUGUGUGUGUGUGUGUGUGUGUGUGUGUGUGUGUGUGUGUGUGUGUGUGUGUGUGUGUGUGUGCGUGCGUGCGUGCGUGUGUGUGUGUGUCUGUUUGUGUGACCUCUAUGCGUGACUUACCAUAGUCAACGUUUAAGAGCCGAGGAAGGAGGGAGAAAGGUUCCCAAGCUGACAUGUUAGGCCUACACCACGGGAGGACUAUCAACCUAUGAUGUAUUUUAAAAUGAGUAUUGUACAAUUUUAACUGUUGCAAAGAAUAGAGCUCACCUAUACUCCUCUAGAAUGGAUACAUGACAAUGUAAACGCAAUAUCAUAUUACUCUAUCCUAAGGAAUGCAACUGCGCACACAUGCACAAGAAAAUACAUUUUUAUGAAAUCUAUGUACAAAUAUAUGACAAAAUAUAUUUAAUUAGAAUGCUAUGCACCCUCAUAGAGUUGUUAUAGAUGUUCUUUAGGCAUUAUGUAGACUAGGUAAACGCCCGCACAUCACCGCGAAUGUCGAGGCUGUGUAAGUAUUAUACCUGUUUUCUUUUCUUUUUGUAUCGUCCUGGAGAGAGGAAAAACAAACGUGAAUAUGUAUACAAGCCCUCUUCAGCUAGAUUCCCUCUGAUGAAGAGAUGAAGAUAUGUAUAGAUCAUCUUACCCUGUACACCAGCUCAAACCAUUUACAAGAGUUAAUAAACAAAUGUGACAUAUGUGA